AUGCUCAGUGCCACUCGCCACCGAGAUACGGGGCUGGACCCGGACAAGGAGCUGGGUCUGCCCGGUCCCUCCCCAGACAAGCCGGCCUCGGAUCAGGAGAUUCAGCCGGCUGUCUUGGAAAACGUCGACCAGGAGAAACAGAGUCAACCCGGCUCCCCAGACGACGCCACUGGUCCAGCACUGGGAAGAUGGAAUUCUUCCAGGCUGAACAUUGUCCGCUUUUUCACCACCAUCUACGGUUUCAUCAUCAUGGGCAUGAAUGAUGCUGCCAUUGGCAUCGAGCCAUACUACCAUGUCACUUACACCAUGAUAUCCCUCGUCUUUCUCGCGCCCUUCCUGGGCUACCUCGUCGCUGCAUUGUCCAACAACCUCAUCCAUCACGUUUUCGGUCAGCGCGGCGUAGCCUUCUUGGGCCCGAUGUGCCGCUUGAUCGGCUACAUCCCCAUGGCUUGCCACCCUCCAUUCCCCGCUCUGCCGGUCAUCAUGUUGUUCCCAGGCUUUGGCAACGGCAUUGAAGACAGUGCCUGGAAUGCCUGGGUGGGAAACAUGCAGAACGCCAACGAGCUGCUUGGCUUCUUGCACGGGGCGUAUGGCCUGGGCGCAACCAUCGCUCCCAUCAUUGCUACCUCCAUGGUGACCAAAGCCCAUCUCGAGUGGUAUGCUUUCUAUUAUGUCAUGAUUGGCAUGUCCGUGUCUGAAUGGGUCCUCUCCGUGGCGGCUUUCUGGACCGCCACCGGCAGAGUCCAUCGCGAAAAGCACAUGUCCGCCGCCGGCGAGAAGCGAACCACGACUAGACAGGUCCUUCGAGAGCCCAUCACCUGGCUGGUCGCCCUGUUCCUGCUGGGCUAUGUUGGCGUCGAGGUUGCGCUCGGCGGUUGGAUAGUGACAUUCAUGCUCAAGGUCCGGCAUGCCGAGAACUUUGCCGCAGGCAUGGUCGUGACCGGGUUCUGGCUGGGCCUCACCGUGGGGCGCAUCGUCUUAGGCUUCAUUACCGGCCGGGUCGGCGAGAAGGCCGCCAUCACCAUCUACCUCUUGCUGUCCCUCGCGCUGCAACUACUCUACUGGCUGGUCCCCAGCUUUAUUGCUUCGGCAAUUUUCGUUGCCUUUCUCGGCUUCUUUCUAGGUCCCUUAUUCCCGGCUGCCAUAGUGGCUGCUACAAAACUCCUACCCAGUGACGUGAGUCCGCCGUUCCACGACGACAUUGCCCUUACUUGGGCGUCUAAGCUAAUUGCGCGCCCAUAG